UUUUCCUUUUAUGAAAAUAUCGAAUUUGCCAUUACUUUCCGUAAAUGUUAGGAACUUUUCCAAACACUUUGUUUUAGACCGAGUAAAGUUUCUUGCAACACUACUAGACCCUUGGCCAGUGUUCCUACCUAGCGAGAAGGCUGUAAACUGUAGACUCUAUCUAACACAAGACGGACAAGUUAGUUUUUUUGGAGUCAAAGUUUAAAAUGAGUCAAUUCGGAAAUCUGGUUCAGAUAUGUUCCCAAAACAGGAAAGGAUUGCUGUAUGCAGCAGGGGUGGGUUUAGGUAUUAUUGGUGUCGGGAUCCUGAUGAAAUCACUUUUAAAGAGAAGGCAGAGGAAACUGAUUCAGGUUGGAGUUGUAUCACAAAUGUGUAUUUAUCCCAUUAAAUCGUGCAAAGGAGUCUCUGUAAAUACAGCAGAAUGUCUGGAAAUGGGGCUGAAACACGGGGAACUCAGAGACAGACACUGGCUGGUGAUACAGGAGGAUGGACACAAGGUGACUGGCAGACAGGAGCCUCGGUUGGUCUUGAUUACAGCGUCCAGCGAUGACGUAUACCUGUACCUAAAUGCAGCUGAAAUGGAGGAGCUCCGAGUUCCACUUAAACUUUCCAGGUCUAAUUCAGUAAAAGACUGUAGAGUGUGGGGCAGUGACAUCCAGGGCAGAGACUGUGGAGAUGAGGCCUCCCGCUGGAUCACUCGCUACCUGAACAAUGAAAAGACGUUCCGCCUGGUGCAGUAUGAGUUUGAUAUGCAACCCAGAAGACCACACGAUACAGAAAAGAGAUUCAAGCCAAAAGAUAAGAUUGCCUACCCUGACUACAGUCCUAUCAUGUUGCUAUCUGAGGCUUCCCUGGAGGAUCUGAACACCAGGAUGGAGAAGAAGGUUGAGAUGAGAAACUUCAGGCCCAGUAUUGUUGUCACAGGUUGUGAUGCCUUUGCAGAGGACUCAUGGGAUGAGAUACAGAUCGGUAGCACCUGUCUCCGCCGUGUCAUGGCAUGUGGGAGGUGCAUUUUCACAACUGUAGAUCCUGAAACUGGGGUCAUUGACAGAAAACAACCUCUCGAAACACUGAAAAGCUACCGGAAGUGUGAUCCAUCAGAGCAACACCUAUACAAAUCAUCCCCGCUGUUUGGACAGUGCUAUGGAGUUGACCAAACUGGGAUUCUUCAUGUUGGUGAUCCUGUGUACAAGAUAACUUACUAAAGGAGCAAUUGGAAGCAAGUCAAUAAUUACUUGAUUUGAAUGUUCUCUGCAUUAAGUAGCCAGUGAGAAUAACAAAUAACUUUAAACACCAAUUAUUAAUAUUAGAGCUAUCAGAAAGUUGUACUUUCACUAUUACAUAUUGCAAAUAACUAGUUUUGCUUAACUGACAAGAAAUAUAAUUCCGUCUCAGAUUCACCAAUCUAAAUAAAAUGUCUGUGUAAAUGAUAUAAUAAAUGAUCUGUAGGAAUAUAAAUAAGUAAUUUAUGAUGUGUUAACCAUAUGAAUGUGAAUUAAGUGCACAAUUUAUAUAGGCUAUUCGAUAUUAAUGAUUUUUUUUGUAAUUAUUAUGGACAUGGAGUAUAUUACAUAUGAAAUGUUCUGUAUGUGGAAAACGGUGUCCCUGUAUCAAUUUCAUAUGUUAAGAAAUGUUCUGCACUUAGACUUAUUUGUAAUUAUAACUGAAGAGUUUUGCAAAGUUUAAUUAAAAGUACUGCUUGGAAAACAUA